AUGAAUGUGCUAUUCCUCUAUACGGUCGCUUCUCUGGUCGCAUCGGCCGAGUGCAUAGCAAAGUUUGGUGUUUUUCUGCAAGAGUUGAAACCAUCGCAGAGAGAGGCUUUUCGGCUGAUUGUCAAAGAAAAUCUCGGCAAGCCAAAGAGCCAGCUGCGAAGGGAUCUCGACAAGUUUGUGCUGACCGUUCCGACGCCGCUUCAAGAACUGUUCAACUUGCAGCGACAAGCCAUCCAACACAGAUCAAACACCCUUAAGGCAGCGGAGAAAAUACAAUUUUUAAGUCCGCAAGCUGAAGUUAUUUUUAAGCAAAUUGUCGACUACCAUGAUGACAACAACUUAUCCGUUGUGUCGACGUUGCUGAAGACACGGCACCUUAUUGAACAAACGAAUCAAAGCUUGGUCAAUGAGCUUGAAGACUUAGUUUCAUUUCAAGACGUUUACUCGUUUUUUUGAACGUCUCAAAUUUUGUUUUUCUUUUUGGGGUUGAAAUAAACAUACAUAUUUUAAGGUUCAGAAUUAUUUGUAUUUAACAAAAAAGUCUGAAUUAUUUGUAUUUAACAAAACAAUAUGUGUCGACGACACGUUGACCAACCGGACAGACAAAUAUGAGUUUGGGAAAACUAUUAUACAAGGUAAGUGCUCCUAUAUAGUGUGACAUUCGCCGGCGGAAGCCGUUUUGGAUGGUUGGCGAACGCUUGGACCCAAUAGGGUCCAUUUUCAUCAGCCUACACAAAACUCACGUCGAUGACUAAUUAAACUAUUUUAGGAACAAUCCAGCGGGUGUGAAAUCGCGAUAAAAAUGUAGCCCAUAAGGGCAGACAAUCAACGGCUGCUCAAACGAAUUUUUGUAGUGUUAGGUUCGCCGAGAUUGCCGAAAAAUUUUCCACAACACGUAGCUGUAUGUAUUUAACCAGGUGCGGAGAAUUUGCAAGUUCUAUGAAAAGAUUAACGCUAGGUCACAGCGGACAGUUUGAGUAUAAAAUGGAGAUGAACUUCCGUCAAUUCAUUAUUCAUUUGUGCCCGAUCAACUGUCUUCUCGGUAAGUUCGAAGGAGAAAAUGUCGUAGAAAAUCUUGUAGCCAUCCAAAAGUUGUCCUCUAUGUAAACGUUUCCUUUUAUAGCAGUUGCGUUGCAAGAGCUAAAAAGUUUAAUUAAAGUAAAGUGUUUCACUUUUUAGCGCCAUGAAGUACCAAAUCCUCAUCAUCCUGGCCGUCGCCGGCCUUGUCGUCGCCGGUCCUUUCCAGCAACUCAAAGCCAAACUCAACCCGCAGCAGAAAGAACAGCUGAAAAAACUGGUCAAGGACGACGAAGACCAGCCCGAUGACAAGAAGCAACAGGACUUUGAAGACUUCUUGGACGGACUUGACAUCCCGGAGCAGUUGAAGGAGAUGUUCGCAAAGCACAAGAAGAUCAUUGACGAUCUGUUCGAAGAGGCCGAAAAGGAUUUAUAA